UUGAAUUUUACCGCCGAUUUUUGGUUACAUGGCGCGAUGGUGGAGUAACGGUCACCGACAUGGCGGUUGUUAUUUGGCGGGAGAUGUAAACGCCUAUCAAAAGUCGGGAAUCAAACGGUUGUGGUUGUGUGAGAAAUUUUCACUGGAUUUGAACUCUUCUUGAAUAGUGAUUUGAUGGUUAUUUUGAAGAAUAAUUAGAAAUAAUUAGGAGGAAUAGUUUGCAGUCUAGUUAUGACGGAUAAUGGGAUUGUGGGGAGUGGAGGGUUAGGUGCGGGUGGAGGUUCGGUGAUGCCGCCAAGAAAAACCUCUGACGAAGUUGACGAUCUUCUGGAAAAAUUCAUCACGACUCAAAAGAAACUAGCGAUAUACAUCAAUGAUAUGCCAGAACUGCUGAUUGAUAAUGAACAAUUCAAGAAAUUGAAACUGGGGAUUGAUGAGAUGUAUAAUAAGACCUGCUCAGUCAUUGGUUCCCUCGUGGAGGCUAAGAAUGCUGAUGGGAAACGAAUCAAACAGUUGGAGACGAGUUGUGGUGAACUUAUGUAUCAUUUUGAGGCUGAGCAGAAGAAGGUGGAACGUCUGGAGCAACAGCUUCGUCAACUGGCUAAUGAAUCGACUGGUCAAGUGACAUUCUGCACACAUUUGGGGGCAGUUUUGGGAAAUAUCUUAUGGAAAUCUUCAAGAUCAUCGCCACUGGUGGAUCUCUGGCUUAACGAGAAUCGACAAAACCUGACAGAUUUUCUAUCGAUCGCGAAUACAGCACUGGAAUCAUUUCUCCAAACAUUUGGAGAAAAUUUACCCGACAUCAAAGAGGACCAGUGUCAGUUCAUGAUGUCCCUCAUGGGCACUGUCACAAAUAUAUCCUCGAAUUCCACUGGGCGACAGUUUCUGAUCAGCCACGAGAAUGGAAAAGUGUUGAUUAAGCUGAUUGUUCUGUCUACCCCAGGUGUGCCCUCGAUCUCUGGAGAUCCUCUCAAGAGACUAAUGCUAAUGAUCCUCUACAACGUCAGCCUGAACCGCUCAGGUCUGUCGCAUCUGCUGAGCUGGAAAGUCUACGAAUUAGUAUCUUGCUGCCUAGAUCAAUCCCCAGAGAUCCAACUAAAUGCCCUCCGGCUGAUUCAGUCCAUCACCUACGAUCUGAAUGACCCUGGAAUAUUCGAUCGUCUCCUGCAGCUUCUGCCAGUCGUAAAAAUUCAACAGCUGAUGAACUCAUCGGACGAACGAAUUACCGAGGCUGCCAGUGGCAUCUUGUCGAACAUAAAAAAAUUCUAUGCCACGGCAGAUACCAUAAGUAACGUGUCAUCGGAUAAUUAACAAUCAGUGAGACUGCUCUGAGAGUAAACGACAGCUCUUAAAAAUAUUCCAAUCUCCAGA